AGCCCGAUUUAUUUGUUAGCACACCACUAGGCGAAGCGCGCCGGCAAAUAAAAUUGUUUUCGUAGCUUUUCCAUACAAAUCCAAUCCAAUCGAGAUGCAGGAGUUCUUCAGCGUGUUGCUGCCGGAUGUAAAACGGGAACUGCGCCGCGGGAUCAUUGAGUGCUCCAAGCGGGGUCUGCUGCACAGCACCAAGUGGCUGGCGGAGAUGCACCACGGAUUGAGCGAUGUACACAUAGACAAUGAAGCACCCGACGAGGAUCGCACGUUCAGCGAGUGCCAGCUGGAGGGGAUUGCGCCGGCCGAGUACAGCGACUACUUUCUGGCCAAGAGCUACUACGACGUGAGGGAGUACGACCGGGCGGCACACGCGGUCAGGAACUGCGAGAGCAGUGUGCCGCGCUUUCUGCACUUCUACUCCACCUACAUGGCAAGGGAGAAGCGCCGACUGGACUCCACCACCGACCAGGCCAAUCUGCACGAGCCGAAUCAAAUGCGGGAUCUCGCCGACCUGUUGGCCACAUUGCGCAUGGAGUAUGGCAAGAGUCGGCUGGACGGCUACGGCAUCUAUUUGUAUGGCGUCGUCCUCAAAGCACUGAAUCUCAACCAGGCCGCCGAGCAAAUGCUCAUCCAGGCCAUCAGACUGGUGCCCAUGCUGUGGAGCGCCUAUCUGGAACUCUCGCCCCUCAUCAUGGAGAAGAAGAAGCUGCUGAGUCUGCAGCUUGGCGGUCACUGGAUGCGGCACUUCUUCAUGGCGCACACCUACCUGGAGUUGUACCUCAACGACGAUGGCCUGAAAAUCUACGAGGACCUGCAGGCGUCGGGAUUCAGCAAGAGCAUCUACUUGAUUGCCCAGAUGGCUCUGGUCUAUCACAACAAGCGGGAUGUGGACAAGGCGAUUGAACUGUACCAAGCACUCCUAGAGAGCGAUCCCUACCGUCUGGACAAUGUGGACACGUACUCCAAUUUGCUGUUCGUCAAGGAGAUGAAGACCGAGAUGGCCCAGUUGGCCCACAAGGCUGUGAGCAUCAACAAGUACCGUCCCGAGACGUGUUGUGUGAUAGGCAACUACUAUAGCAUCCGCUGUGAUCACCAGGUGGCAAUUUCCUACUUCCAGCGUGCCCUGAAACUGAAUCCCAAGUACCUGGCCGCCUGGACCCUGAUGGGGCACGAAUUCAUGGAACUAAAAAACACGAAUGCAGCCAUACAGAGCUACCGAAAAGCAGUGGAGGUCAACAAGCGGGACUACCGCGCCUGGUAUGGCCUUGGCCAGGCCUACGAGAUCAUCAAGAUGCACUACUACAGCUUGUACUACUUUAAAAUCGCACACCAGCUGCGGCCCUACGACUCCCGUAUGCUGGUUGCUUUGGGCGAGACGUAUGAAAAGCUGGACAAGUGCGAAAACGCGGUGAAGUGCUAUUGGAAGGCCAUUGAUGUGGGCGAUAUAGAGGGUAUAGCCAUGUACAAGCUGGCAAAUUUGCACGAGAAGCUCGGCGAUCAUGAGACUGCUGUCCAUUGCUACAUCAUGUACUGCGAGGACGAAAGGGCGGCCACAGAUAAACAGACUCUAUACCAAGGAUUUAUCACGCUGGCAAACUAUUACGAGAAGAAGGGAGACUAUGAGAGAGCCGCAUAUUACGCGUACAAGUGUCUGGACUCCGAUGAUCGGAAAACAGAGGCCAAAGCUCUGCUUAAGACAAUCGACUGGAAGCGCAACGCCGAGUCGCAGAAGAAAACUAAAACCUCGACGGCUGUUGCGAAUGCAGAGACCAGUUCCGAGGAUGAGAUGGAGUGGGAGCUGCAAGACGUACGUGUCCGAGUGCCAUUCACUUCCAUAGCAGCCGCGACGACCACUACGACUGUAACUUCUAGCGCGGGUAGCUCGAGUAGCUCCGCGAUCAGCCUGCGUCCGGGUCGAAACUUGCUCGAGGGAAUGCGUCGUUCGCAGGCGAACAGGACCAGCUUAACCCCGGCAGCCAGCAGUACCACAACCACAUCGGCAACAGCUGUCACAACGGCCACCGAGGAGACGCCUGGAACGUCUGGCGGUGCUGCAAACCCAUCCGAGCAGCCGCCUUCGGAUGAUAACAGCUCCAUGGAAAUAUCCAGUGUGUCCAUUGAUUAGUUAAAUGCGAUCCAAUUGUAUAAAUUUCUAUUUGUUUUUAUGAAUUAUAUUGGCAAGCCAAGUAAAUAUAAAACUAGUCGGUA